UUUCCCAUGCUCCUCUGCGCCGGUCCCUUUGGACCCGUUCUGAGAGGGUAAAGAGGUGGGUUGGAGCUUUAUAGAACUUGGAUUAGGGAGUUCUGUGUCAGAGGAGCUUCCGGGGCCGAGGAACUCAGGGCUACUUCCAGCUCUUUCUACAGUGCUGAAGGCCACAUCUGAAGUGCAAGUUUAAGGUUCCCUAGAGGGCAAAAGAUGAGGAACUGAGCGCCCCCAGGCCCAGUCUGCGGCGGGAGCGACCAGCCCUGUCCCGGGCGAAAACUCCCAGGGAGGCUUUGGACUCCCCCCUCCGCAUCUUCUCCCGCCCUCCCUCUUUGGGAUCUCCCUCGUUUGGGAGUUGCUGCCGUCCGCGCGGGUGUUGGGUUUGCUUUCUCACCAGUUCCCGCGAGCUUGGGGGCCAACUCCGAGCCCCAGCGCCCAAGGAGGGCUUGCGUUCCCCUUCUGACUUCAUCCUGGAGGGCGGCGAGGAGCUACCACCAUGAUCACCGGGGUCUUCGGCAUGCGCGUGUGGGCCCCGGUGGGCGCCCUGACCUCGCUGGCGUACUUCUUCCACCGGCAGCGGGUGGCCUUGGCCGAGCUGCGGGCAGCAGACGGCCAGCGUACUAUUGACCGCAGCUUGCUGGAGCUGAAAAUGGUACAAGUCGUGUUUCGACACGGGGCGCGCAGUCCCCUCAAGGCGCUCCCGCUGGAGGAGCAGGUAGAGUGGAACCCCCAGCUAUUAGAGGUCCCUCCUCACACUCAGUUUGAUUACACAGUCACCAAUUUAGCUGGUGGCCCCAAACCACAUUCUUCUUAUGACUCUCACUACCGAAAGACCACCCUGAAGGGGGGCAUGUUUGCUGGGCAGCUGACCAAGGUGGGCAUGGAGCAGAUGUUUGCCCUGGGAGAGAGACUGAGGAAGAAAUAUGUGGACACCAUCCCCUUUCUUUCACCAUCCUUCAAACCCCAGGAGGUCUUUGUUCGUUCCACUAACAUGUAUCGGAAUCUGGAGUCUACUCGUUGUUUGCUGGCUGGGCUUUUUCAACGUGAGAAAGAAGGAUCCAUCAUCAUCCACACUGAUGAGGCAAGCUCUGAAGUCUUGUACCCCAACUACCAGAACUGCUGGGGCUUGAGGCAGAGAACCAGGGGCCGGAAGGAGGCUGCUGCUUUGCAGCCAGGGAUCUCAGAGGAUUUGAAGAAGGUGAGAGAAGGGAUGGGCACUGACAGAAGUGAGGAAGUGGACUUCCUCGUUCUCCUAGACAAUGUGGCUGCCGAGCAGGUACACAAUCUCCCCAGCUGCCCCAUGCUGAAGAGAUUCGCACAGGUGAUUGAACAGAGGGCUGUGGACACCGCCUUGUGCAUCUUGCAGCAGGAAGACAGGGAAGGUCUGCAGAUGGCAGUUGGCCCAUUCCUACACGUCCUGGAGAACAACCUACUGAAGGCUGCAGACCCUGCCCCUCCACCCAACAAGACCAGAAAGCUGUACCUCUAUGCGGCUCAUGAUGUGACCCUCAUGCCUCUCUUAAUGGUUCUGGGGACUUUUGACCACAAAUGGCCUCCAUUUGCUGCUGACCUCACCAUAGAACUCUACCAGCACCAGGAAUCUAAGGAGUGGUUUGUGCAGCUCUAUUACCAUGGGGAGGUAGCUUCAGAUGCCCAUUUCUUCAUUCCAGCCUCAGCACCAUUCCUGCCAUACAGGAGGUCCCCUCUCUGCUGAGCAAAUGAUGCCUUGGGGAAAAUGCCACAUUGUUAGUUCUUGAGAAGUGAUGCUGUAACCUACACCCUACUUGGUACACCUGGAGUAAAGUAGCAUGCAAAGCCCAAACUCUGGGAGGGGGAAGACUGGCUGAGUCCUCACCGGACUACAUGAAUCUGAAGCGUCAUUAUCACUCUUUCACUGAUGGUUGAAAACCUUGUCAGUAGUUCUCCAUGGAAUUGGAUGUAGCCUCUCAAAAUAUGAUUUUAUUUCAUAACCCCCACAAAUUCUAUUUAAACCCCAAAUAAACUUGGCGUACCAGAAAUUAUAAUGAAAUGUUAGCAUAUACUGAUAAAGUAAAUGAAGGAAGAUUUAUGAGUCUUUUAAAAACAUCAACCAGAAAGGGGGAAGUUGAUCUGCACAGCUGCUAGAUCUCCAGCAGGGGGCUACGGGAGAUGAGCACCCCAGCCACCCUCAAGGGGCCACUCACCUCUUUGCCAGGCGAGUGGGAUCCUUUGCUGCCUUGACUCCCCGCCUGGGAGAACAGCAGUGGGACCAUGUGCCCUUAGUGACUGCGACACUAUCAUGUGAAGCCAGACCAGUGGACAAAUGCCGGUUUCCACCUAACCUUGAGGCUUUCCCGUCACGCUACCCAUAGUUGGCCGUUACGUAGUUCUGUCAGUGCAGUCAAGGCCAGAAGCCUAGGAAGAUAGCUAGAUUUGUGAGGGGAAAUCAUUUUACUAUCCUAAUUUCUCUACAAUGUAACAAUUGUACAACUCAACAGAACAGAUCUCAUUAAGAACACUUAAACUUGGGCCGGGGAUUUAGCUUAUGGUUUCGUUGCCUGCUGCGCAAGCGCAAGGACCUGAGCUCGAUCCCCAGUACCAAACCCCCCCCCCCCCAAACACUUAAACUUGGGAGCUCAGAGAUCCUUACCACCUGCUUCAUAGAGCCCCUCAGAAAUCAGCAAGGUAACACGCAUAGAGGUGACUUUAUAGUAGUACUCAAAUGUUCAUCUCUACUUCUGCUACCUGGCUCUUGUAUUACUGAGAAGACGGGACAGCUGCUGGUGGUGGGAAGAGAAAAACGGCUCUCAAAAGCACUUGUCGGAGACAGAGCAACAUUCACAGACUGUGAAACACCAGUAAAGCCCAAUUUAUACAAGUUUGUCUGCAGAUGAUUCUCUCACCUAAGAGCAAACAUGCACACAGACACCCACUCAGUGAGCUAAAAACACUGACAACAGCUCAAAGAAACACACACACUGGAACCAAAUUACCUGCACAGAGACCUAAGAGCGAGUCGCUCAGAUUCGUGCCUUGCAGGACACACGGAGAUGUGCUGAAGGUGUUUGUGGUGGGAAGUGAACGGUGCACACUCAGUGGCACUGGCAGAGGUGAGAGGCGAGAGGGACACAGAAUGGACCAUGGAAACCCACUGACUGGGAAUCCCGGACUUGUGGGUGUAGUAGUAUUUUACCUUAGCAAGAUGCAGGUAUUAUCACAAAGUUUGUUUAAAUGGCUACAGAUAUACCUUUGGACUUUGAAAUUACUUCAUACCUUGAAUUUGGCUCUCACAGAAAUUCCUAAUACAGACCACUAACUGCCCUAGAGGUAAAGGUCAGCCAUGCUAAAGGCUCUUCUGCUCAU